AAAUCAUCACUGUGCUAUAUAAAGACAACCAACGUUACAGUCCAAAACACUUUCCUGAUACCAGUAUGUGGCCCACACUCACCCUCGGAUUUGUGACCCUUGUGGCCGCCUUUGCCGGUUGUCACUGCCUUUUGGAGAAUCGACUGGUGGCCGACCUGAUGAAGGAAUACAAUAAGAACGUGAUUCCUACUACAGAAGAUGAACCCGUAAUCACAGUGGAGCAUAGCAUUAGUGUUGUAAAACUCCUCAAAUUCGACCAUGACGAACUACGACUCGGAACAUGGAUCGCAAUGCUGUGGACUGAUAAACGUUUGAAGUGGGAUCCGUCACAUUACAACAAUAUCACACAAACACACAUCCUCCACGAACAACUUUGGAUACCAGAUAUCGUCACGUAUACCUUUGAUCUGCCUGAUAAUAAACCAAUGAUGGAUAACCUGCGUGUUGUUAUCAACAAUAAUGGUUUGGUUACUUAUGUACCACCUACUGUAACCAAUUUCGGCUGUAAGGUGGCCGAGGGUGCUGAGGAGAUAUACACAUGUCAAGUCAAGUUGGGAUCAUGGGUGUACUCCGGGGAAAAGAUGGACAUCUCAAAUAGCGGUGGAGUUAUGGAUCUGGGUGAUAUGAUUAUAGACGAGGACUGGGAAAUCACUAACACAGCAGCAGUCCACCAAAAUUCACGAUACGACUGUUGUGUUGAGCUCUUCCCAAAUCUAGUCUAUACUGUGGAGCUGAGACCAAAACAUCAUCGCCAUCAUUGUAAAUAGACAGAAGCGUCGGCCCAAAGUACGAGAAGACAUCGCUAUCACCGUCUCCGAUUACAGUACUAAGAAAACGUAGUGAGAAUAACAGAAACAGCACCACCAUCACGUUAAUAUCUAAUUACGGAACCAGAGACAGCAUCAAUAGCACAUUAAUCUCUAAUAACGGAAUUACCGAAUAUGACCAACAACGACAUGCUACAGAGCCAUAACGUUAACAGAUGUGUCACCAGCGGCUUUACAACUGUGUUAAACUCACGGACAAAUCACCUAACAAUCAUUGUAUUCGGUUCAAAUCAAGAAAUAGCCUAAUUGUGUUUAUAACAAAAUUAACAUUCCAAGUCUGUACUAAUUUGAUAGAGCGGUUCCCGCUACGUGUUAGCUUUAAGCAUUGUGAUUGAUGGCCACUUCAUCAUCAGAAGAAGAAUAUUUUCGUCUGUAGUUCCAUUUUCAUUUUCUAUGUAUUGAAUGUAUAAUCAAUGCCCAGUCAUUUCAAUUACGUUAUCACAACUGCUGUGUUUCCUUAUAUAAUAAAUAUCCCCUUGCAAGCAA